AUGGGUCAUAAUACAAUUAUCAUCAUCGUAGCAGUCGAACAGUUCCCAUUGGUGGAACAGGUACAAAGGAACACCACAGAAGUCCAUGAGCAACACCGCAUUUCCUCGCAGUCACUAACAGGUGACCAGCGGGCGGCACGUGGGCGGCACGUGGGCGGCCAGUGGACGGCACGUGGGCGGCCAGCGGGCGACACGUGGGCGGCCAGCGGACGGCACGUGGGCGGCCAGCGGGCGACACGUGGGCGGCCAGCGGGCGGCACGUGGGCGGCACGUGGGCGGCCAGUGGACGGCCAGCGGGCGGCACAUGGACGGCCAGCGGGCGGCCAGUGGACGGCCAGUGGACGACCAGCGGGCGGCCAGCGGGCGGCCAGCGGGCGGCCAGCGGGUGGCCAGUGGACGGCCAGCGGGCGGCCAGCGGGCGGGCAGCGGGCGGCCAGCGGACGGCCAGCAUCCGGCCAGCGGGCGGCCAGCGGGCGGCACGUGGGCGGCCAGCGGGCGGCACGUGGGCGGCCAGCAGACGACCAGCGGGCGGCCAGCGGGCGGCCAGCGGGUGGCCAGUGGACGGCCAGCGGGCGGCCAGCGGGCGGCCAGCGGGCGGCCAGCGGGCGGCCAGCGGGUGGCCAGUGGACGGCCAGCGGGCGGCCAGCGGGCGGCCAGCGGGCGGCCAGCGGGCGGGCAGCGGGCGGCCAGCGGGUGGAGUGUAAGGCAGUCAUCUCAGCAGUAGCUGGAACACUAAUCUCAUCACAUUGUGACAACCAUAACAUGAGUAAGAUAAAGAAGCAUCGUCUUUUCCUCCCGGAUCAAGAAGCAGUUCCACGGGACUAA